AUUGCCACCCACUUCUGACCAAUGAAAUCUCAUUCGUUGAGCAAAAGCACCCAAUAGAAAGACAAUACAGUCUCUCGGCUUGGCACGAGCUUUCAAUAAAUACCCCUUACAGUGAACAGAGAAUAACUCGGUUUCACUCUCUGAAAUCUUCAUCAUGCCUGAGCCAGCAAAGACUGCGCCCAAGAAGGGCUCCAAGAAAGCCGUUACCAAGACCGCCGGCAAAAGCGGCAAGAAACGUAGAAGGACUAGGAAGGAAAGCUACGCUAUCUACGUGUACAAAGUGUUGAAGCAGGUCCAUCCCGACACUGGUAUCUCCUCCAAGGCGAUGGGCAUCAUGAACUCGUUCGUCAACGACAUCUUCGAGCGCAUCGCCGGUGAGGCUUCUCGUCUCGCUCACUACAACAAGCGCUCCACCAUCACUUCCAGAGAGAUCCAGACCGCCGUGCGUCUGCUGCUGCCCGGUGAGCUGGCCAAACACGCCGUGUCUGAGGGCACAAAGGCCGUCACCAAGUACACCAGCUCCAAGUAAAGAUUUGAAAUAACUUCAGCUACCCCAAAGGCUCUUUUAAGAGCCACCCAUUUCAUCUGUGAAAGAGCACUCUGUUUAUCAAUGUCAUUUUAAGUCCUAUAUAACGACAUAAUUAUAGUGCAACAAUGAGCCUGACCGGAAAUAAUAAAAGCAGAACUUGGUAGAUUAGGCAGUUUUGAAUUUGUUUUUGCGGGAAAGAAUUGAUAUAGGAGCGUAGUGAAUAAUUUGGAUGGUUUUGCAAGGCGUACCCGCCAGCCCCUGUCUUCUUUACUUAUUAAAUUGUUGUAUAAGCCACAGUUCCUGUUCUUCACAUUCAAACGCUUACAACCGUUGUGGUGUCCCAACGGACACCCUCCCCCCGCUCCUCAGCAUCUCAACCGAAUAUUAUAGUCAACAGAUUGUUGGGCGGUGCUUUUAGGUUUUCAGCGGGUUUUAGACUGGAAACAGUUACAUCUGACAGCAUUGAAUGGUGUAAAGCGGUACAUUUCUUUUUGAAACGUUUAAUAAAAGUAUUGUUUCCCAGAGAUUGGUUGCGGCUGGAAGGGCAUCCACUGCGUAAAAACUUGCUGGAUAAGUUGGCGGUUCAAUCCGCUGUGGCAACCCCGGAUCAAUAAAGCGAAUAAGCCAACAAGAAAAUGAAUGAAUAAUAAAGGUAUUUGUAUGAAGGCUGUUUACUACAACUCGUAAAUGUUGAUGUGUACGUGAUUUGAUGUCUUAAUUUGUGCCCAAAUAAAUAAAUAAAAAAAGUUUCAUGC